CUCUGCAACAAAACCGUGGAUGAAGUAUGGUUCCACAUCCAGAGAGAAAUCUUUUCUGGUCCUCAUCACUUGAAUCCCUCCACCAACAACAACAACAACAACGACAAUGACAGUGAUGUGCUUCACCAUGAGGAACAGCAGUACUCUUUGGGAUCAAUGACGCUGGAAGACUUCCUCGUACAAGCCGGAAUCGUCGUUGAAGAAGCUGCACAACCUGAACCAAGCAACAGCGUCACGAAUGUGAGUGGCGACGGGCAGCCGGAGGUUUUGGUGGAGAGAAAGCAGAGGAGGAUGAUCAAGAACAGAGAAUCUGCUGCUAGGUCAAGGGCUAGGAAGCAGGCUUACACAAUGGAGCUGGAAUUUGAGCUGAACUUCCUCAAGCAAGAUAAUACCAGGCUGCAGCAAAUGGUGGAGAUUGAGCAGGCAGCUAGAGAAAAGAUUAUCAAGCUGAUGAGAGGGGCAGCGCGACAGAAAAAGAAGGCCGAUAAGCUAAGGAGCACAGAGUCAGAGAGGAGAACAAGCAACUGAGUUGGUGAAUGGAAUGCUAGUUAAUUAUGCUACUUAAAUAAAUGUCAUGUAUGGGCAAAACUAGUCAUUAAUAACAUCCACA